AGUGCAGGAGUUAAUGCUGUCCUGAUCCUGCUGCAUCACAGCAUCCGAUGUGUUUCAGGGACAGAAAGAGCUCCGUCCAAUCAGCAGCCAGCCUGAGCUGCAAAUCAGGAGGCGUCUUGCAUCUCGUAUUUGGGAAUGUGUGCGUGGGUACCAGACAUCCACAGCUGUCCUCACAUCCUGAACUCUGGACCACGUGUGUGUGAUGCAGGCUUGUAUUAGCUGAUGAUGACCCUUGUCAAUGACACUAUCAGAGGGCCACAGUUAAGUGUCUCCCCCUUCUGGGGGGAAGCGAUAAAAUCUGCUAUUAUGUGGACCUUGGCUUCUUCUGAUGAGUGACCCCGGCAGCCUUUCCUAUGGAGUCCAUCCAGGAGAGAGAAGAGAUUCGCAAACACAACGGUCUGUACACAGAAAUUCUACAAAUUCUUAGCGUAUUACAGUGGAUACUCACCUUUUUAUUACUGGGUCCUGUUUGCGUACUUCUAAUCACAUGGAUUGUGUAUAGCCAGCUAUGGCUCCUGAUUGCCAUCUACAUCAUUUGGAUGAUCUCUGAUUGGAAAACACCAGAAAGAGGUGGGAGACGAUCCGUUUGGAUGAGUAGAUGGUCCGUGUGGAAAUAUUUUAGAGAUUAUUUCCCCAUAAAGCUCCAUAAAACUGUAGAUCUAGACCCAAGACACAAUUACAUAAUUGGAUAUCAUCCUCAUGGCAUCAUGAGCAUUGGAGCGUUCUGUAACUUUGGCACAGACAGUACUGGAUUUUCCGAGGUUUUUCCCAACUUGAGGCCACAUCUCACCACAUUAGCUGGAAAUUUUAAGGUGCCUUUAUACAGAGAUUACCUUCUCGCUGCAGGAAUGUGCUCAGUGACCCAUUCAUCCAUUGACUAUCUCCUGUCCAGCAAUGGCUCUGGCAAUGCAGUGGUAAUUGUUGUGGGUGGGUCAGCAGAGGCAUUAAAUUGUACCAGGAAUCAGCAUGUGCUCACACUGAAGAAACGGAAGGGAUUCAUAAGGAAGGCCCUAACUAAUGGUGCCUUCUUGGUUCCCGUGUAUGCCUUUGGGGAAAAUGAGGUUCUUCAGCAAUAUUACUUUGAGCCUGGGAGCUGGAAAAGGAAGCUCCAGGCAUUAUUUCAACAAUGGAUUGGUUUUGCUCCCUGCAUUUUCUUUGGGCAAGGGAUCUUUUCCAGUUCUUCCAAAGGAAUAAUGCCACUACGAAGAGCCAUCAACACCGUGGUAGGUAAACCCAUCCCUGUGCCUAGGAUGAAGAAUCCUUCUGAGCAGCAAGUGGAUGCUUAUCAUACUAUCUAUAUAGACUGUCUGCAGGAGAUUUUUAAUGCACACAAAGAGCGCUUUGGUCUACAGCAGACUGACUCUCUGUUGGUGGUAUGAAAACAGUGUCUAGCAGAACUACUGGACCAAAU